GACUUCCUGUCCCACCCACAUUCUCGUGUCGCUUCCGGGUGGCCACACAGACUUAUCCAGUGAGCCGUCGUGAUCUUAACGCUGUAAACAAAAGUUACUACACGGUUAAGCUUCUCCGACACGCUAAACGAAAAGACAUGCAUAUCAAAACAGGUACAUGGGAAGCCAGCAACACCGUGUGUGAGUCAGAUACUCUGUGUGAUCCAGCAGUCCUCGUAGCAGCCACCACCUCAGAGCCACACAUUCGCAACCGUCGCCUGUCUCCUGGCUCAGGCAACUGUGGUGGUGGUGGAGGUGGUGGAGGCUGCAUCUCUGGAGGUGACCAACAGCCCCGGCAGCUGUCACCUGAAGGCGACCUGAUCGGGCCCAGCCACGUGCACACCUUCAGCUUCCGCAGGGAAAAAGAUCGCAAGCAGCACAAAGGCCGCAGCCUCCGCAGGGAAAGUCAGAAGGCGGUCAGCCGAGUGAGUGAGAGACCACCAAAGGUUAACCAGAAGGAGAGGUGGGUUGAGGACAGUCUGUCGCUGCUCAAGCCCCCACCUGCCUUCCCAGUGCAGGACAGCUCCGCCAAGCUGCAGCCUGCAGUCAGCUACGCUUCCAAGGUGAAGGCGGGAGCCGCCAGUGGAGGGCUGGAGGAGGACCGCCCUGCUAUCGGUGUGCUGCUACAGAACCAGUGGGGUCUCAGUUUCAUCAGCGAGGCGAGGCCGGCCAGAGAGGGCAUCAGCCCGCGCCCCGCUGCCAGCGCCCUCCCUCUUCAGCCCACAGACGCCGAACACUCUACAGACCUACAGUUCGAGACAGUUCUCACAGUCCAGCCUCCUGAAGAAACGCCUGUUCCAGUCGCUACCUCCCCCCCCCACACGCCCAGAGGUGGACGAGAACAACGGGAAGCUGCUGCUUAGCUGUCGCCAUCUAGUGGAAGCUUUGAACUAUCACAGUAGAGAAUGGAAUGCUAUCAGUAACAAACAGAAAAAAGUUCAGAAAAAGGUUGUGUGGUACAAGGACACCGAGCAGCACCCGGCCUAGCUGUGUGAGAACCCAAAGCGUAUAUGAACACAUGUACAACACACACCUACAUGCACAUUAAAACACGUAAAGAUGGACAAAUUUAUGAGUCCCGUUCACACACACUGCACUCAGGAUGAUGUCUUCACGCAAAGCCACACUGAGACACUUUGGACUAACUCCUUUGAGAGCUUACAGCAAUGGACUUUUUUAACGCCUUACAGAAAGCCUGCCUUAAUUAAUCAGACCUGUUUUCAUUACCUCUCUUUACCAUUUUUAGCUUGUGUGUGUAGAGCUGGUCUUUUUUAAAAACAAUCUUUUUGAGGAGCUGUAACUUAAUUUCCCCUUUUUGAAAGCUGCCGUUUUAUCACCUUUCUGUCCUCUGUGAAGCGAGUGGUCAAUCAAGCACUUUGUUAAGAAUCUGUUGUGACCAAUCCCUGUGUGCGAGAAACACCCACCAGAGUGAUUAAUCCCCCCCCUCCCUGUUACAGAAGAAUGUCUUGUACCUGCUUGAGUUUUAUGGUUCAUGUAUGCAGAGGACCCGUGUCUUCAGUUUACAGAGGGGUGUAAGUCGGGCACCGUAGAAUUCACGUCACAUCUUAAUGCUGUGUCCCCUUUUUUUGUUUUUAUUUGGGUCCCUGAUCGGGUGAAUGUUCCUCAUGAAUCCAUACGGGAUCUGACAUGUUCAGUUUGUUGAUUCUUUUUUUGUUUUUUUGAAAAGAAAAUAUAUUGAAAUAAAAACAAUUACACUGGAGGAGGAAGAGGAAUGUAAGUGAACAGUAUUGCUUAAUAAAAAUGAAUAAACUUGACAAGUUUGA